GAUCCCAACCAGUCGAGAUUGAGAAGCUGCCUCUUGUACAGCGCUCAGUACAACUCCGCUUCAUAUGGAGCUCCUGCAGCGAAUUACAGCUGAGGAUUUAGUUGUCCCGCCUGCUGCUUCGUGCAGCCCAUCGGGACCCCCUGCCCUCCUCUCUCUCUCUUUCUCUCUCUCUCUCCCCGGUUUUCCCACUCGUGCUGAGAAGGAGAGGCGCAGUAGCUACGGCUAGACUGCAACUAUUAAGAAAGAAAUAUCAGAAACCCUGCUCAGAAAAGUUCAUAAAAGCCAUACAUCCAUUAGGAAAAGGCUUGGAGGCUUCAAAUCUCCCAUAACCCAGUUGAAUCUGCAGAGAAUUAGUUGUGCAAAGGCGAUAAACGGUGUCAAUGGUCGUAUAGAAAUGGAUCAUCGAGCUCCCGUCACCAGCAGCUUGACGAAAAAUGCCACAAUUCCUUGCAGUUUUACUGUUUUUCCGGAUCAACCAAUUAAAAGUGCAAAAGUCAUUUGGUGGAAACACCAGGCUUACACUGGCUCUCUCGUCUAUCAAUGUGUAAGGAACAAUGACUCGCCUGGGAACUGCACUAAAUCAACAGGCCGCUAUUCUUUUGGGGGAAAUCUCCCAGAACGGAACAUAGCCCUGCGGAUAAGUAAUGUCACAGAAAGUGAUGCUGGAUCGUACUUCUGUCGCAUCGAACUGGAAACAACCGAGAACUGCUUUACAUCAAAAGACAUUACGCUGAAAGUGAAAGAGCCCCAGAAAUUGCAGCGUGUUUAUAUUCAGACCACUGUGACGGGGGAGCACUGGGUUACAUGUGAAGUAUCUGGAACUCCUCUACCGACUGUAAACUGGACCCAGCCAGAAAACAUCAACACCUCACCCAUAUUUAUCCAGACUGGCCUCCUGGCGUCAUAUUCUCUUCCUGUGUCCCCCAAUACCAACUACACCUGUCGGAUAGAUGGAGAGGACGGGUCAGAGGCACAGUCAAUAUACAACAGUCAACAAGAAUCUACCAAGUCUACGUGUGUGUGUCAAUAUCACACCUAUAUAGCUAUGCUUGGAGGGCUGGGAGCCGUACUAGGAAUUGUUCUCUUUGUCAACCUCUUUGUCUUGGCAAGCUUCUGCAGGAGAGCUACUGCUGCCAACAAUUCUGAAAAUGCUGACAACGUCUACCAUAACUUUCCUCGUAGAGUUGACUUAGAUGGAAUCUAUAUGAAUGCCCGCAAAACUCCCACUUCAAAAUAAUCUACUAAUGUUAGUAGCCACUUUGUGAGUGAAAGGUUUAUAUGCUGGAGAAUUCUUCAGAAUUUUUUUUUUUCUUCUUUUAGGCAAGAAAUCUUCCUUUUCUCUUAUUUGCAUUUAAUUCCGUUUCAUAAAUAGAAUCAGUUCUUAUUUUGAAAGUGUUUCCAUUUUUAUACUUUCUUCUUCCUUCUGUUUUUAAUAUUUACAUGUACAGAAUGGUCUUUAAUGCAAAGUGCUAGUUUGUUCACUGUCAGUUUGUUCACUGUCAAGAACAACAGAAUGUGAAUGCCAGUCAUUGAGAAAGUCUAAUAAUAUAAAAUAUUUUGCACAAUUUGGGUUAUUCCAUUAAAUGAAACUGACCUGAACCUUCUGUAGAUACUCAUGUCAUUAUAUGAUGGCCUAAAGCCAAAACCUCAAAGCCUGCAUUAUAUAUGUCUAUAUAUACACGUAGACAGUUGCAAGAGUCUGCUUUGUAUUAACUGCACAAAUAGAGAAGCAAAAUAUCUGCACUUUAAAAUUCACUUUUAAAAAUUUGUAUUCAUUAAUCAUUUUAAUUGGUAAUUAAUGUUUUUCAGCUCCAUUACAUGAUAUCUGUGCAGCACUGCAGUGCCAGUAUAUUAACCCUGGAGUUUUGUAGCAUCUUUUAUUUAUCAGUGUACAACCCCAUUUCCAAAACUGUGCAGAAUGUAAAUAAAAAUAGGAUUCAAUGAUAUGCAAAUCA